AUGGAGGCGGAAUUGACGAAUCAAAGAUUCUAUAAUUGUCUUGUUUGGGUUGUAGCAAUAUUUUUGUCCGAACAGAGGCCAGUGUCAGAAUUUGUUCAUCACAAUCGCAUACAGAAUACUUCGAUUGGAGUGAGAGAAGCGCCAAAAGAUUCUGAAUUCGAAGUUCUUCAUCGGAUAGUGAUUUCCAACCUAUCUCUCCGUGAAAGAUACUGUAAUUUGAGUAGGAGUAUUAUAAUGAACAAAGGAGGAGCGGGACUGGGUAGUGGAGCUGGCGGCAGUGGAGGUGGACCAACUGCUGCGGCGGCAGCUGCGGCUGCCCAAAAGCAGAAGACCCUUUUGCAGAGAGUGGACAAUGACAUCGGAAAUCUUGUCGAUAAUUUCGGAUUCCUCGUUAAUGUGGCACGGGUUAAUGAUCCACCAGUACGAAAUUCUCAGGAAGCUUUCAUGAUGGAGAUGCGUGCUGCCAGAAUGGUUCAAGCAGCUGACUCGCUGCUUAAAUUGGUGUCCGAGUUGAAGCAGACUGCAAUUUUCUCGGGUUUUGCGUCUCUUAACGACCAUGUAGACCAGAGAACGGAAGAGUUCAAUAAGCUCGCAGAAAAAACUAACAGCAAAUUGGCAAGAAUUGGAGAAGAGGCAGUUGCUAGCCUGAAGGAGCUCGAGUCACAUUACUACUCGUCCGCGUUGAGAACCAGCAUUCCUCCUGAGUCCUAG